ACAACUCAAUAAAAAAUUAUUUUAUAUUAAUUUCUUAAUUUUAGUUUUAAUUUCUCAUUGAAUUGUGGUUGUGUUUUAAUUACGUUCAACAAAUAACCAUUAUUAUAGUACACAUACAUACCUACAUAUAAAUACAUUUCUUUGUUUACGAUGAUUAUUCAAGAACCUAUCCAAGCUGCAAUUUGGCAUUGUUUAAAUCAUUAUGCUUAUUCAGAUGCAAUAUUUCUUGCAGAACGAUUAUGUGCAGAAUUUGAUUCAGACGAAAGCAUCUAUUUAUUAGCUACCUGUUAUUAUCGAUCGGGUAAACCAUCUCAAGCAUAUACAAUUCUAAGUGGAAAAAAAAUAGUGUCAGAAAAAUGCAAAUUUUUACUAGCCCGUUGCUGUGUUGAUCUUCACAAGUUGUCUGAAGCAGAAACUGUGUUAACUGGUAAUGUGGGUGAUUUAAUAUCAUCUUCAUCAUGUUCAUCAUUUAUCGAAACCAUAAUUUCUGAUUAUGGUGACAGUGCUCCAUUUGCUUUGCAACUGAUAAGUCACAUUUGGUGGCGUUCCGAGAGAUCACAUUUAGCUGCUGAGGCCUGCCGUAAGGCUCUGUAUUUAAAUCCUUUUUUGUGGCAAUCAUUCCAAGACCUAUGCGACAGAGGUGUUAAACCUGAUCCUGAACCCACUAAAAUAUUCAAGGUGGACAAUUUAGACAACUUUAAUAAAUGCCUAGGUUCGAAUUCUCAUGUCAAUUCAACACCUUUAUCAACAUAUAAUCUUUCAUAUGAAUCAAUAAAUACAUUUAAUAGUAGCACACCAGCUCAAAAAAUGGUCAACAUGUCUGUACCUAGUAGUAAUAGUUCAAUAUCCAGUGGUAUACAGCCAUUUACACCUGAUAUGAAUAAUGCCAAAGCAAUAUUUGUUCGACCAAUAGGGAGAAAAGUAAAAGUUAUUAAUGAAAAUGCUUACAGCCCACUGACACCAAGUUUUGGAGUAUUCCCCCUAGAGAAUUCAGAUAAUUUGUCUGUUUGUUCAUCCCAAUCAAUGGUUUUAGUUCCUUCAACUACAUUAAACGAAACUAAUGAUCAGAAAUUCAUAUCAAAAAGAAGUUCUAAACCAGUAUUUAGUCAGUCAGGGAAUACAAGUAAUAUUAAUAAUUUGGGCACACAACAAAUAACCAUGCCUUCAAGUCCAAUGUCACAUGUUGUAAGACGUAGUAGUCGAAUAAUCACCAACAAUUGUUCAGUAAAGGAAAAUACUAAGAGUCCAAAUAAAAAGUUUGCUAGCCCAAAAUCAGCCACACGUAAAAUUAAAAGUGGAUUGAUUCCUAAAAAGUCGGUUUUUGCUGAUAUAACUGAAAGACAUCCAAAAGAACGUGGAGUAGUUGAAGUAGAAACAUUAACACUUGCUCAACAAGCUCUCAGUUUACAAAAAAAAACUACAGAAGGACUUUUGUCAUUACUAAGAGAUAUUGGAAUAGCAUAUUUGCAACUGUCAAAAUUUAAUUGUAAAAAGGCAAUUCAAUUAUUUCAAAGUUUACCGCCACGACAAUAUAAAACUGGUUUUGUAUUAUCAAUGAUUGGCAAAGCAUAUUGUGAACAGUCUGAUUAUUUACAAUCGAUAAAAUAUUUUAGCGAAGUCAAAGAACAUGAACCAUAUAGAGAUACAUUAAUGGAACUUUAUAGUACAUCUUUAUGGCAUCAACAGAAAGAGGUUGCUUUGUCUGCUUUAGCACAAGACAUGACUGCUUUAGAUAGGAAUUCUUCAUCUACAUGGUGUGUUGUUGGUAAUUGCUUUUCCUUGCAAAAAGAACACCAAACUGCUAUAAAAUAUUUUCAAAGAGCUAUACAAGUGAAUCCAGAUUUUCCAUAUGCAUAUGCACUUUUAGGUAAUGAGUAUUUAGUCACUGAAGAACUGGAAAAAGCAAUUACUUGUUUCCAGAAAGCCGUUAAAUUAGAUCCAAGACAUUACAAAUCUUGGUAUGGAAUUGGUGCUAUUUAUCAAAAACAAGAACGGUAUGAAUUAGCUGAAAUGCAUUAUAAGCGAGCUCUUAGAAUAAAUCAUAGUAGCGCUUUAAUCAUGUGUCAUAUUGCCGUUGUACAAAAUAGUAUGGACAAACCUGACCAAGCGUUACAUACUUUACACAUAGCUUUAACAUUAGAACCUAAACAUCCAAUGUGUAAAUAUCAACGAGCACAAAUUUACUCUAAACUCGGUAAAUUACCAGAAGCACUGUAUGAGUUGGAAGAAUUGAAAGAAAUUGUGCCAAAAGAAUCUCUAGUCUAUUUUUUAACUGGAAAAGUACAUAAAAAACUAGGCAACAUACACUUGGCAUUAAUGAACUUUAAUAGAGCCACUGACUUAGAUCCAAAAGGGGCCAGUAAUCAAAUUAAAGAAGCAAUAGAUCCGACAAAUAAUCAAUCACCAUUGGAUGAUUCAGAUGACCCUUGAUGCAGUAACUUAAUUGUUUGUUUAUGUAUUUAUUUAUUU